AAAGUAAUCAGUGAGACGCUAACUAACUUUCUCACUCUGAUGGAGUCUUACGGUCCUCUUCUAGAGAAGACCCGAGUUCCCCAACCGGGGCUCCAAAAACUCGCUGUUGAGUCCAUUUUCUCUAAGCUUAGAUCCGCACCAAAGCAUCUCGACCCGGAAUCCGAACCCGGAAGACGCGCCAUUUUCCUCUGCCUCUCGUCGCCGUCUCCUCACGUCGUCGACCACUCCGUCCGCCACCUCUGCCGCCUCGCCGCAGACUCAGUCGUCACCGUCUCGCUCGCCUCGCUCGAGCUCCAGGCUGCGCUUGAAGGCUCCGACCCGAAGCUCGUGCCCGUGUUCGUCAAGGGAUUGGGCUUCCUUGCUCGCCACGAUUUCCGCAGCAAUGCCUCUUCACAUUAUGCUCAUUCUUCCGCUCACACUCACCCGUUCGUUAGGGUGUUGUUGUGCCGGCCAGAGGUUCAGUCUGAACUCUUGCAGCAGGUGUUGCUAUUUAUGUUUCAGAAUAAGCAGGUGGGAAUGGUGCGCGUUUGUGAGUUUUUAAGGCCGUUGUUGGAUGUCUCAAUCGUAAAUUUGUUAGGUCCGGAGUCAUCCUCUUCCUUGUUUGCCAUGCAACUGGUAUCGUCGAUGUUGACUUUAUGUUGCUCUUUUCCACACGAGUCCAUGCCUGUUUUUAGGCUGCUAACUGAGUGCCUUAAGUAUCUUCCGCAUGAGGGAUCUGAAGACUACAGGAAAUUAAUAUUUAUUGUAGAACAUAUGGUGGAGGCGUAUAUAGUUGUACUGAAAUCUUUGGCUGGAAAGAAAUCACAGCUGAUAACUGAAGCUCAACUGUGUGCUGUUGAAUUUCUGGAAACAAUUCUUUCUCUAUCUACAUGUCUUCAGUGGCAUCUUGGUGGUCAUGAGCCCAUAUGUGAACUAUUUAUGCGCUUGUUAACUGUACAGAAAGAUAUUGGGUUACCAUGGUUACCUGGCUUGUCAUCAAUUAUUUUAUCAUUAUUCAUAAUCAUUGUUCAAUCAGAACUUGAACAUGAACAUAUUUCUAUACUGAAACUCCUUCUCUUUAUCCUGAAGUGGAAAUGUGACAGUGAUGCGGCUAUCAGUGGGACUGAAUUCUCUUUAUUAUUUGAAGAGACUUUGUUUCUUCUUCCCAUUCUCAGUCUCAUGUCGUCCCCUUCCAAAUCUGUUAAAGGAUUGGCAACUGAUUUGCUUCACCUCUUGGAGAAGCUCCUUGCCAACAUGUUUGUGGCUCCAAAAAACAAACCAAUCAUUGAGGAGGGAGUUCAUUAUCUCAGCACACCAGGAAGUAUAGUUUUGAGACUUCUGCGUCAUCUGUGGUAUCAGGUAUUUUGUGCGGAUGGAAAAUCUUCUUCCAGAACUUCCCUUCUGAAGUUGGCUUUAACGGGAUUGAACCAAAGUGAAAUAAUUUAUGAUAGACCAUCAUCUUGGGUUUCCCAUUUAAGAGGGUUCUUUCUGUCAAUUGUUGACCGACGGAAAUCUUCAUUACCACUCUCACAUUCUCAGGAAAUGUUUCUGAAUGAGAUGCCCUUGUUACUUGCUGCUGUUCUUAAUGUUUUAUUGAUACAUCCGUCAAUGGGUGCUGCUUCAGUUGAUUCUUUGUCUUCCAUUGCCAUUGCGGAUCCCAAACUAGGACUUCCUUUGUUGCUAACAAUUAUGUUUUACAGUAAUAUAUUCAGAAGAAGUGAUGUCAAUUGCCAUGAUAUGCUGUUAAAAAUUUUUGAAAUGCUGCCAUCAAUUGCUUCACACUCGGCAAUGGUUCCACUCGUUGUUCAAACUAUCUUGCCGAUGCUCAACAAAGAUGCAAAAGUCUCAUUACAUUCUACGGCCACUAGAUUGCUUUGUCGAACUUGGGAGACUAAUGAUCGAGCCUUUGGGAGUUUGCAAGGUGUCUUGCUCCCUAAAGGGUUCACCAAUUACACUUCAGAGAGAGAAAUUGACAUCAGCAGGGCUGCUUCCAUCCGAGAUGUUUGCCAUAGAAGUGCUGAUAGGGGUGUUGAUCUCAUCUUGUCUGUUUCGUCUUGCAUUGAGAACCAAGAUCAUGUAAUUAAAGCUCUCGGUUUGCAAAGCCUUGCCUUCCUUUGUGAAGCUGAUGUGAUUGAUUUUUACACUGCAUGGGAUGUCAUUGCAAGGCAUGUGCAAGGUUACCAAGAUGAUCCUAUUCUUGCUUAUAGCCUUUGCCUUCUGCUAAGAUGGGGUGCAAUGGAUGCAGAAGCAUAUUCAGAAGCAUCAAAGAGUGUGCUGCUAAUUGUAUGGGAUGUAGUUACCUCCAGUCAAGAUAGACAGUGGGCAAAAGCUAGAAUUUCAGCCCUGGAGUCACUUUCCCAAUAUGAAGUAUCCCAACUUGAAAACAGUAUUCCAGAUUUCAAAAAAAUGAUUUUAGAGUUGUUCUUUUCUGAAACAAAUCCCAACGUUCUCAAAGCUAUGGAGGAUUUUCAUGUCAAGAUAAUAGCAUAUGAGCACAUAAAUCGCCGAAGACUAGUCAAGACAAAAAGAGUUACAGGAAGCAAGAUUGAAAAAUUGAUGAAUGUAUUUCCGCAGGUUAUAUUCUCUUCAGGCUUUGAUGUUAAGCAUCUAUUUACAGGAAAGCUAAAUGUAGCUAGAGAAUUACCUGGUGCUGCCUUAGUAUGUUUUUCUUUCACUCCUAAAGAUGUGAAUGAACACCAAACAUCCAAAAGGUUAAGAGAAGUACAUACUGGGUAUGAAAUUGCUCUAGUGGAAGUAGCUGCUUCUCUUCAGCUCUCAAGAAAUAUCUUGCUUGCACUGAUGGCAGUGCAAUCAUGGAAAGGCUUUGUGCGACGAUGGAUGAAGGCUUACACACUUUCAUACGAUGCUAAGUCACAAUUGAGUGUCCUAGAUAAAACUUCUAAAGCUGCUAGUGACAUUUUAAAGAGUAUGAUGGCUAUGGCGGAUGAGGCUAUACCCAGAGCUGCUGAAAAUAUUGCACUGGCUAUUGGUGCACUUUGUGAGGUUUUGCCCCCUUCUGUUCACACAGUUAAAUCUGCUGCUUCAAAGUUUCUUUUGGAAUGGUUGCUCCAACAUGAACAUGAACACCGCCAAUGGUCUGCUGCAAUUUCUCUAGGAUUAAUCUCUAGUUGCCUUCAUGUAACAGAUCAUAAACAGAGAUAUCAUAACAUCACUGGACUUCUUGAGGUUCUUUUUGAUGGCAGAAGUUCCCUUGUAAAAGGAGCAUGUGGCGUUGGAUUGGGUUUUUCUUGCCAAGAUCUUCUUACCAGGGUUGAAACUUCUGCUACCUCUACUGUGAUGAAAGAAACAGAGAAGGUUCCAGAAUCUGAAUUACUAGGAAGAAUUAUUACUGCCUUAGCUACAAUGAUACGACAGAGAACUCGAUGUUCUUCUGAUAUUUUAGACAAUCUAGGUUCAUGCUUUCCACUGGGAUCAUAUGACAUAAGUUCUAAAGUAUAUGAACAGUUAUCUGACAACACUGAAGACUUGGAAGAAGAUAUCUGGGGUGUUGCUGGACUUGUUCUUGGUCUAGCUAACUCUAUUAGUGCAAUAUACAGAGCUGGAGAGUUAGAGACUGUCAUCAAGAUAAAGAACUUGGUAAUAUCAUGGCUUCCAUAUGUGCAUUCACUAGUUGAAAAAAAUACUUUCCAGGGGAAAGAAUCUGAAAUUGUUUUAGCACUUGGAUCCUGUAUUGCACUUCCCACUAUAGUAGCUUUUUGCCAGAGAAUGGAAUUGAUGGAUUAUGCUGAGUUGGACCACAUUGUGAUUGGCUUUAAAGAGUUCAUUUCCGAGUUAAUUUCCGUGAAAUCGUCUGGCAUUUUGCACCAUAGUAUGCUGAUGGCAUCAUGUGUUGGAGCAGGGACAGUACUUUCUUGUAUUUUGAAUGAAGGUGUUUACUCUAUUGAGGCUGAACGCAUUAAAUGUUUACUGGAACUGUUCAGGAAAUGUUACUUGAAUCCUUUCCCUUCUCUUGUUCAUCUUGGUGGCAUGCUGGGAGUUGUUAAUGCUAUUGGAGCAGGUGCAGAAAUUUUGGUUAACAUGAAUUUUCCAAAGUACACUGGGCUGUCUGAUUAUCAGAAGGAGUUUUCCUCAGUAGUGGGCCCUCUCCUUUCAAGUUCUGAUUUUGAGCCAUACUUGACAUCUUUGGUGCAAGAGUUGUUUCUCGUGGCACAGAAUUCUGAUAAUCCGCAGCUACAACAGUUUGCUUCCUGGGUGCUUGCCUUCCUUCGGCAUCAUUUAUGGUCUAAAGAACUUGUGAGGAUUGAUAGUGAUAGCAUUGUAGCUGAAACUAGUUCAAAAUCUGUUUCCCACAGUUUUUCUGAGGACAAUGUUGUUUUGAAGCUUAGUAUGUGGCUUAUGGAUUUCAAAUACACUGAGCCUGAAUCUGCUGUACAUAAAGACAGAGUCAUUUCUGUGUUAAGGUGUCUCUCUAGAGCUCCCAGGUUGCCAAGUUUGGAUUGGGGAUCAAUUAUUAGGCGUUGUAUGAGAUAUGAUGUCGAAGAUGUUGACUUGCUACCCAAAGAUUCUACUUUCAAGAAUGGAACUCUUAGGGAGGAAUGCACAAUGUUUGCAAUGGCUCAUGCAAAUCAAUUUGAUUCGCUUCUAACUUUUCUCGAUGAGCUAUCUGACUUUUCCAGAUUCAGGACACUUGAAAUAAAUCUGCAGUCAUGUCUGCUAAACCAUCUAGCAGACCUUGUUAAAGUAUUUUCAAACUCGAGGCUUGAGAAACUAUUUGGUGAUGUGAGCAAUCACUUACUGUCUUUUACAUCACACACAGAGUCGGGCACCUACCACAAAAGCUUGUUAUGUAUUUCAUGCUGGAAAGGUCUCUAUGAAUGCCUAGAUGAGGUUUCUGCAGAUACAUCUGGUCACAUAUCUCAUAUUGAGAGGUGCAUGGAGGUUCUAUUUACUUUAUUACCAGCAAUUCAAUCUUCAGUAAGUGCAGUUUCGGGGGAUGUAAGUUCUGGGGAGGAAUGGUCUGAGGCUGUAAGAUGCUUAGGGAAGGCUCCAGAAAGUUGGCUAUUGGAUUUCCUGAAGGUUUCACAUGAGGAGUUUGUUCAGACUGCUGGAAAAUCUAUUGAAGUCCAGAAAAAGGUUUGUGCUAAGAUCAAGCUUGUGAAGACUGGUUCCCUUUCAGUGACUGAACUUGGAAAAAUGAAAUCCUACAUUUUGAACUCCCAAUCUCAAGGACUCUGGCAUAUACUCUUUGAAGUUGUGGCAGCUUUGUACAGUGCCGAGGGAAGUAUUAAAAGACAGUGGCUUAUUGAUGCUGUUGAAAUUAGCUGCGUAUCCAGUUUUCCGUCCACGGCACUGCAGUUUCUUGGUCUGUUAUCUGCUGCAUGCUGCAAGUAUAUGCCCUUCAUGAUCGUGGACCAACAAAUGGUUGUGAAUGAUCUACCAGUCACCCUUGUGUCUCUUUUAGCAGACCAAAACUGGAACGUUGUUGCUGAAACUGUCGUGUCGCACCUCUUUUCAUCCACAGAACGUAUAUACAACUGGGCUACGCAAAUAGCAGAUGGUUCCCAUAUUCCUGGCUCGCAACCCAUCGAUGAAAGUGAGAAUCAAAUGGCUGUUUUUCUGCUAAAAGUGAUGCAUCAUACAUGUGUUUUACUUAAAAGUUACUUGCCAUUAGAUAAGCAACUCCGGCUCUCCAGCAUGGUUGUUGCUCGAGAAGGAAACUAUAGUCCUGAAAAUAAAAGAUUCUGACACUGAAAUUGUUGUAUACUCAAAAGAACACCCUCACCAUGCUACAUGCAGCCCCAUUUUUUAGGGAAUCGAUCUUUGGCAUUCACAGAAUGUGGAGAAUUCUGAGCUGUUUCUGCCAUUCUUUAUUCGAUUCGGAAUUCAAUUGAGAUGGCACAGUGUUGAGCAGAAGCCAACCGUGUGGAAUGUCUCUUACAAAUCAUGGAGCUGUACAUUCACAUCUCAAUGCUCUAAAAUUCGGCAGAAGCAUAAUGCAUGUUGUACCAUUAUCUUUUGUUCUUCUUACACAACCCUUAUGUAUAUAUUUCUAGCCUAGUGGUUGAUCACAGAGAUAUGUAACGCAUUUAAAUUAAAUUACACAAGAAAAACUAUUGGGUUCGAAGCCCUUGAUUUUCAUGCUUC